AUGUCACAUACAGUAACACCACAGCUGGGAGUAGAAACAGACAAACCACCUGAGCAUGACAGCCUAGUAAGGUUGAUUACUCAAUCCCUCUCAGAGCCAGGCAACAGUCCUACCCAUGAAACAGCCAUAAAGCACACGAUCGAAUAUUUGAGAAAAUACAAAAAUAAUCCACAUUGGUUUUGCAAUAGAUACAUGUAUUCAAUAGCAUGUUAUUCUUUAAUUUUAUUUUCAUUUCCAAACAAUGCUGUUCUUGAAGAGUUGAAGCCUGACAUAGCUAAAUCUUUGCUGAAAUGUACCUCCUGCCUAAGGGCUUUUGCAAUAGCAAAGACUCAGUUGCGAUCUGGUUUCAUCACAAACAAAAAGACACCCAUUGCCAAUGUGAACCAGUUUAUCAAUGCAAUUACUUCUUGGGAAGCUACAUUGGUGCAACCAUGUCUAAAUUUGGUUUACAAUAAUCUCGAAACUAUUGAGAAGGUGCAGGCGCAACUUCAUCUUUGCCGAGAUUGGUUCAUGGUUAACCCAGAUCUUCUAAGACAUUACAAAGACAACAAAGAGAAAUUUGCACAUAUAGUGAGGGUUUUGCGUGCUAAAGACGAAUUGCCUACUUCUCCCGCUUUACUUGCGGGUCUUGUAUAUCUACUUUUCGAAGGGUCUGGUGAAGAAAAACUUUGGGCAUUCGAAUGGAUGAAGCACUUGAGCCAGCAGAAGAUCAUAUACAACAAGAGGUCGCUUGAAGAGCCAGUAGUUAAGGAGUUCUCAAUUCACCUUUACCGAAUACAAGAUUCCAAGUAUUUUAAUGAUGGGACAGCUAUUAAGUUUUGGGAGAUAGUCUACAACAUUCUUGAUUUCAUGGAUGAUGAAGCUUUUAUUCUUCGAGUUAAUACACCUAAAGAUAUUAGAGCCAUGAGCGAGCACACAAAUUUGAAAUUGUACUCAGCAAUUAGCGUGCUUUGCAAUAGUUUAAUGUCAAACUUGACAGCCCCUUUACCAGUUUUAUUAAAAGUGUUUACUAAGUUAUUGAACAGAUUAGGAAGUAAGCUCUAUCUGCAUACUAUGCCAUUAACACCUAUCGCAUUGUUGUCUGGUAUACUUGGGAACCCAGAGUAUUCUAAACAGUUAAUUUUAUCUGCCUCAGAGAAGAGUUCUUUGAAUGAUUUUUCAUUUCAGGACUUUAUAUCUUGGAUUUUUUUGUUCAUCGAAUCACUAAACGGAUCACAACGACAGAAUGCAUGUAUGAAAAUUGGACCAUAUCUAUUGAGACAAGGGAAGGGCUAUACAAGUUCGACAAAUGAUUUGAGAUCACAAAGAGUUACUAAUUUGAGAGAAUUGGGCGUUAAGAUAUUUGCAGGUAUAUUUCCAGCUACUGUUGUUGAAAUGAACCCAAAAGACCCGAAAUUGUCUGUUGAAAUCAUGAGUUUUAGAGACGUAAGGGCAGCUCUUGAAUACGAAGCCGGUGCUAUUCUCAGUUGCGCCAUGAAUUCACCUCCAUGCGCUGAUGCUAUGGACUUAGUUUGUAGAUGCUUGAAAUAUGAUGUCUUAAUUUUGGUAAAGAAUUCAUAUUUGUUGCUGAAAGGUGAAAUACCAAAUAUGUUCGACACUUUCCCAUUUUUUUGGAGUGCUAUUUUAAAACUGAAACUAUACACCAACAUUGGUUUGGUGAAAGUGGUUAUACAGUGUUUGCGUUUAAUGCCUAUGGCAAUUAACUUUAACGAGAUCAAGUACAACCAGGCAAAUAAGGAUUUAGCAAGUGCUAAAACUCAACAUAAUAAGGGUAUGGAAGCCAUAUGUGAUUUACAAAAUCAAAUUUUUUCUAGUUUUAGUCUUUGUGAUCCAGAAAAUAUCAAGCAGAUUAUCAAUGACCUUGAUUGUGCUGAGUCUGUAUGGGGUUGUAUUUUCACCCCUUUGAUUAGUCAAGCUGCAUUGGAUUUCAUGAAUGAAGUGUAUAAUGCCAGUGGUAGAUUGGAAACUUUCCAGGAAUGUUUCUCAAACAAUUUGAAACUGUCUUUAGUGUCUAUCAAUAUUAAUUUGGCUAACUUGACAAAUUUGGCAUGCUAUGAACCAACCCCUAAAGCUAUUAGAAUUGUAAUGGAUAUAAUCAAAGCUUUAGCAGACCCAGUUGAUUCACUGUUAUUAUCUUCUACUACUAAUUGCGAAAGUGAAAUUAUCUCAUUUUGGAAAAACUGCUGGAAAUUUUUAAUUAUGGUAUUCCAGGAAACAUUUGUGUGGGCCGGCCAGUUUCAUCUUGACGAGUUGCUUGAGUUUGCAAGAGACACGUUAGACUUGAGUCAUUUGCUUUUAGAUUCUUUCAGGUUUAUUGUAGACACAAUCAAGGAACAGACAAACAAGGAUAUACUGUAUGAAUUCUUUGAGAGUUUUAUGAAUGCUUUCCAACAUAUAAUUGUUUGGUUGAAGCUUGGGGAUCUCUCCCUUUUAAAUUCCUGUGUUGCGUUAGUCAUCAAAGGUUUUGAUUUGGCUUCUGAAGAAAAUUUUAAAGUUCAAGAUCAGUUUGUUGAACAGUUAUGGAAAUAUUCUAAAAAAGUGAAAGGUUACAAUAAUAAGUUGUCUGAGUCGCAAAGAAUGAUGUUGAUGACAAAAGCCAGAGAAUUAAAUGAAGUUUUAGUCGAAACAAUGGAGGGAAAAGAAAGUGAGCAGAAGUAUGCUCAGGCUAGAGCUAAGGUUGAGCCCAAAUUACAACCAAUAGAUGAUGAAAUCCAAGAACUCCGACCAGAGGAGUUUGCAAAGAGAACAAAUAAAAGGCAACAGACUUUGGAAGGGUUUGUUUCUUUCACAAAUAAAGCACCCGUUGCUCCAGCUCCAAAAGAGGUAAAAGGUACUCAAAAUCUAAAUCUGAUUCGUCAAAAGUUACAACAAUCAAGAUCCUCCAUUUCUGGUCCGCCAAAAAGUCACAUUAACCCAGCACCUCCUAGACCAGCUGGCUUCAAUUCAAAGAAAUCACCACCUUCAGCUCCAUCAGUUGCUAUUGGAAGGCCAUUACAUGCCUUGAAAAAGAAAACAGCAGCUGACUCGGAGUCUUCUUCUGAGGAUGAAUCAGAUACAGAUUUGACUGACUUGUUUGUGGAAGGUAAAGCUAAAAAGAUUGCCAAAAUCACAGAAGUGGAUAUGAACUUGAAAACUAUUGAUAGAAAUAAUCUUCAAAAAAGAAGAAAACAAAUAGACGAAGCCAAAAUGGCCAAAGAGAGAAUGAGGUUGAGAUUGAAUGUGAAUUUGAAACCUUUGUAUUUAUCUGUCCUUAGAUGGAAUUAUAAUUCAAAGAGCGAUUUUCCCAGCAAAGAUAAAUCCAUAUAUCAAGAGAUCAAGGAUACAUACAAGGAUGUUAAAGAGUAUGUCCAGGUGACGGAGCCAUUACUAAUGUUGGAAUGUUGGCUGGCUAUGCAGUCAGCAAAAUUGACGGUAGAUGAGAAACCUUUUGAACUAUUGAUUGGAAGUAGAACACUGGUAGAUGGAUUCUUUGACGUUUUUGCAUCCAUGGAAAAAGCGGUGUUACAAGAUAGGAGAAUAGGAGAUUCUGAUUUGGUUGUGCUUGCAUUGAAAAACGAAUCACUUCAACAUGAAGCAGAAAUUAGACGCUAUAUAAAAGCAGAGGACACAAUGACUUGUUUGGCAAAAGUCCAGGAUACGAAAUACACCAACUCGGAUUACUGUGAUGUUAUUUUAAGAGUUUAUCCAAGUGGGCCAAUGAUGGGAGCGUUGACACCAAAGUCAGUUGUUACUGGAAUGAAAGUGAUGCAAAUGAUUACGAUUGAGAGAGAGUUUUCCUCUUUGAAAGGGUUGCAAUAUUAUGAUUUAGCCGAUUCAAUCAUUCUGGCAACCCCAAACAAACCCAUUGAGAUUGAAGAGGAAGAUGCUGAAAAGAUGCGUAAAAUCUAUCAUGUAAAUGAUUCACAAGCUCGUGCAAUUAUGGGUACUUUUAAGAGUGAAGGGUUCUCAUUGAUUCAAGGUCCUCCUGGUACGGGUAAAACGAAAACUAUUUUAGGGAUUGUUGGGUAUUCGUUGUCUCAAGAAAAAAACAAGAAGGUGAUUGAUAUAUCUGAAUCAGGUUCUAGUCCUGCUCCGUCUGACAAAGCCAAAAUAUUGAUUUGUGCACCAAGUAAUGCUGCAGUUGAUGAGUUAGUAUUAAGAUUGAGAGACGGUGUUCGAAACUCGUCAGGGGAACAUAUGCCACUUAAGGUAGUACGAUUAGGAAGAAGUGAUGCAAUCAAUUCAUCAGUAAGGGAUUUGACCUUGGAAGAAUUAGUUGAUAAAGAGUUACAGACAAAACAAACUGAAGUAGUAAUUGAUCCGAAUAUUCGUUUAGAACACACCAAAUGUAUUAACGAAAGAGACGAAUUGCGGAAAAGACUCGCCACUGAAAGUUUGGAAGACAAAGAUAUCACCGAAUUGGAAGAAAAGAUUCGUGCCAUUAAUAAAAAGAGAAGCGAGUUGGCAAAGAAAUUAGACGAGCAAAGGGAAAAGGCCUCGAUAGCUAAUAGAACCAAAGAAAUUAAUAGAAGAAACAUACAAGCCCGAAUUCUUUCAGAAGCACAAGUGCUUUGUUCGACUUUAUCAGGAUCAGCGCACGAUUUGGUUGCUAAUCUUUCUGUGCAGUUUGACCAAGUAAUCAUUGAUGAAGCCUGUCAGUGUUUGGAAUUAUCGGCUAUUAUUCCUCUUAGAUAUGGCUGCAGAAAAUGUAUCAUGGUGGGAGAUCCAAACCAAUUGCCACCAACAGUGUUAUCACAAGCUGCGGCUUCCUAUAAUUACGAACAAAGUUUGUUUGUAAGAAUGCAAAAGAACCACCCAGACUCGGUUUAUAUGUUGGAUGUGCAAUACAGAAUGCAUCCAAUGAUCUCAAAAUUCCCAAGUUCUGAGUUCUAUAACUCCAAGUUAAAAGAUGGUGACAAUAUGCUUGAAUUGAACACAAGGCCAUGGCACAAGGAUCCGCCACUCACACCGUAUAGGUUUUUUGACAUUUUGGGUAAACACGAGAAAAAUGAGUUGACCAGGUCUCUUUUCAACACUGAUGAAGCAAUGGUUGCCUUGCAGUUGACUGAUAAAUUGAUGCAAAUAAUACCACAAGACAAAUUUAGUGGGAAUGUGGGGAUAAUUUCUCCAUAUAAAGAGCAAAUUCGAAAAAUCAAAGAAGUUUUCGUUAGAAAAUACGGGAAACCCAUUUUAGAUGAAAUCGAUUUUAACACUGUCGAUGGGUUCCAAGGUCAAGAAAAAGAGAUUAUAAUUAUGUCUUGUGUUAGAGCCAGUGCAACAGGAAAUGUCGGGUUUUUGAGUGAUGUGCGUCGUAUGAACGUGGCCCUUACUCGUGCAAAGACCACUCUCUGGAUAUUAGGUAACAAGGAAUCUUUAUCCAGAAACGAAGUCUGGAGAAAGCUAUUAACUGAUGCCGAUGAAAGGAAAUGUGUUACACAAGCUUAUCCUGGAUUUUUGAAUUCAUCUAACCCUGUAUUGAAGAGAAAGGAAGCAAGUGUAUUUAUCCCACCACAAGAAAAAUAUGCCAAAAAGCAGAAGGUGUCGAAUGAAUCCGAAAGAAAUGUACAAAAGAUAAGAAACAGUAUGACCAUGCCAGCCUAUCGUGUAACUAAUGCAGGUGUUUUACCAAGUAAAACGAAACCACCUAAUGGAAAUAAAAACUUCAAUUAUCAGACAAAGAAUCUGCAACCAACAAACAAUGCUCCGAAACCAUAUAUAAAUCAACCAAAACCUCAAGAUGAUUCUAAAAAUGUCCCCACUCGUUCUGGUACGAUUUCAAAACCAGUAGCUGCCUCAACUCCAACUCCAACAUCUUCAGGUACCCUUAAGCCCAACAAGCCUGCCGAUGCUGAAAGGAGUACAUCUAAGGAGUUUCCCACUACUCCUCAAAACAAAUCUUUGCAAAUAACUGUUAACUCUUCCAUUGCCUCAGUUAAAUCAACAGAUAAAACAAAGAAGCCAACAAAGUCAACUAUGCCCUCAUCUUCUGGAGUAGUCAAACCACCAUCUAAUUUGUUUAUACCUAGAAAACGCCCAUUUGCAAAGAAAUAA